AUUUUAGAGAUCUGUUUUACAGAUAAUUCAAACUUUUAUUAGGGUCACAAUUCAGCCUGACUAUUCAUGAAAGAGACUAGAUGACAGAAUAUAAUUUAUAAAAAAGAAAGAUACUUGUUCUACAUUUGUAUACCUAUGUUGUAGCCUAUGUAUUUGUAUGUCAGGGUGGGAUAGAGUCCUUAUAUGGUCCCAUUUUGGAAUUGAGAAAGGGGGAAGAGCAGAGAGUUUGGGAUGUUUUUCUGUCAAAUUGUCGACAUUCAUGGGUUAAUAAUUCGUCAUUUCUUCUCAUGCUCCUGAUGGCAACAGUGCGCGAAAUUUCCAGUUAUGUACACUCAAGGAGGGAUACCCUACUGAACUCACAGGGACUCAACUCUUGCAACUUUGCGCCCACUGAUUUUCUUAACUUUUCAUCUGAUUAUCUGUCAGUUAUAAAUUAUACUUCUACAACUUAUUUUCUGUAAUUCUUUCCUAAGUUUCAAAACGAUUAAAAUAAGGUGGAGGGAGAGGAACGAGUCGACUGCCCCUUGCAAAACUAACUUGUGUAACAUGUGAGGUUUGUCCUCCCACCGCGUCCUGCGUAUACUCACUGGAUUUCUCUCACUGACUGGCAAAGUGAGACCACUGGCAACAGAACGUUUUUCAUCUCGGAGACAAAAGUAUAUGACCAUGGGGAAAGUGGAUUUAAAAAUCUGUUGUAUUUUCUUUUUCAUCAUCAUCUCAGUCCAGGGGGGAUUUUCAGAGGAACAUGGAGCACCCCAGGGAGCAAAAUACAUACUUUUACAGAGAGUGAGACGCCAGAGCAAACCAGCUAAAUCUGUGCUGAAGGUGACAGACUACCAUGUGAGGUGUUCUGUCGUGUCUCGCUAUGCCCACACCACAAUCCAGAGCUCUGUGUGGAACCAGCUACCUGUCACCAAGGAGGCAGCUUUCGAGGUGGACCUGCCCUCUGCUGCAUUCAUCUCCAACUUCACCAUCACCUCCAAUGGCAAAGUGUACAUCGCCCAGGUGAAGGAACGGAGCGCCGCCAGGAAGAUAUAUGACGCAGCCAAGAAACAAGGAAAAACAGCUGGACUUGUUGCCACCAAGGAGAGGGAGAUCGAGAAGUUCCGCGUGGCGGUGAGUGUUCCCUCGGGGACCCGGAUGUCCUUCUCGCUGUCCUACGAGGAGCUGCUGCCCCGCAGGUUGGGUCGCUAUGAACUGACCCUGGGUCUGAGGCCUGGAGGACUGGUCACUAACCUCACCCUGGACGUCAGUAUAGCGGAGAGGACAGGACUCAGUUUCAUCAAGGUCCUCCCGCUGAAGACCAGCCGACUGCUCUCCAACACUGUCACAGGUGAGUCGGAGGCUCCAGCCUCCACCCAGGUCCAGCAGAACCCUCGAUGUGCCCGUGUGCACUACAGCCCCAGCCUGCAGCAGCAGAGCAGUGCCUCUUCUAAGGGACUCAACGCUGACUACAUCAUCCAGUACGAUGUAGAACUCAGUGACCUCAUGGGGGACAUACAGGUGUUUGAUGGAUACUUUGUCCACUACUUUGCACCUCGGGGGCUUCCUGUGGUCCCCAAGGAUGUCAUCUUUGUCAUUGAUGUCAGUGGCUCCAUGAUUGGCACCAAGAUCAAACAGACAAAGCAGGCGAUGUCCACUAUCCUGGGAGACCUGCGUGAGGGGGACCACUUCAACAUCAUCACUUUCUCAGACAAGGUCCACACCUGGAAGAAGGGUCGCACAGUGAGGGCCACGCGGAGUAACAUACGAGACGCUAAGGACUUUGUCAAGAGGAUCAUCGCUGAAGGAUGGACCAACAUCAAUGCGGCCCUCCUCUCAGCCGCCCAGCUGGUCAACCCUCCCUCCUCCUCCUCCUCCUCCGGUGGCGCCCGCCGGGUCCCUCUGGUCAUCUUCCUGACGGACGGCGAGGCUACCAUCGGCGUGACAUCCAGUGACUUCAUCCUGAGCAACGCUAAGAGCGCCCUGGGCGCCGCCUCUCUGUUCGGCCUGGCCUUCGGGGAUGACGCUGACUUCCCUUUGCUACGGCGCCUGGCACUGGACAACCGCGGCGUGGCGAGGAUGGUGUACGAGGAUGCGGACGCCGCACUCCAGCUGAAGGGAUUCUACGAUGAGGUGGCCAGCCCACUACUGUCAGACAUCCAGCUGACCUAUAUGGACGACCAGGCCUUUGACGUCACACGCUCCCUCUUCCCUAACUACUUCCAGGGCUCCGAGCUGGUGGUCACUGGGAAGGUCAAGCCAGGGGUCAUGGACCUGAAGGUGUUUCUGACGGCCAGUGGCUCCAAGCAGAAGGUGAAGCUGGAGAAUGACGUGUUGGUGUCUAAAGGAGAGGGGAAUGGGACAGUGUUCUCUAUGGGCUGCCCUGGGGGCAUGGACGGGAUCUCCAGCUUUGUACGGCGUCUCUGGGCUUACUUCACUAUCAAAGAGCUGCUGCUGGCCAAACUGAACAGCACUGACCCGGCCAUACAGAAACUGUUGGGAGAGAAGGCCACCAACCUCUCCCUCAAGUACAACUUUGUCACGCCUGUUACAUCCCUCGUUGUAGUCAAGCCUGAUGCCGAUGAAAUUCCUACCUCAGCGUCAACUACGACAGUUCGACCCACCACCACCACCACAGCUACUACAACAACCACAGUAGCCCACACUCCUGCCACCAACAUAGUCUCCCCCAUCCCUGUGAAAAAGCCCAGGACAAUCAAAGCUAAACCAGACCCUCUUGUCACAAAGCCUCCACCUCUCCAACCACCUCAACCAAGAAAGGGCUCCACCCCACCAACAAAACCCAACCCAGCGAAAACAGUGGCUCCACCAUCCCCCAAGAAAACCACUAUGACUACCACUCCCAGCCCCAGUGCUGUCAAAACUGUCCCUGUCCCUCUCUCAGGGAAAACCCCUACCCCUCCUCCCAGCUCUCCUAAAACUGCUCCUGCCCCUCCUGCCAGAAGAGUCAAUAACCACCUGCCCAACUUGCUCAAAACAGCUGCCGCUCCUGCACCCGGGAAAACCACCACCACCACCACAACCCCUCCACCCACCACAGUGAAGGCCGUCCCUACAACCACCACCACUACCACCCAACCCAACACAGUAAAGACUACAGUCCCUACAACUGUGAAAACCACCACCUCCACUACCACCACCACCUCCACUACCACCACCACCUCAGUCAGAGCCGACCCAACCCCUGCUCCACAGCCUGGGAAACCCACUACGCUGCUGCCCAUCUCUGUUAGAACAGUCCUCCCUCCAGUUAGAAUAUCCCUCUCCUCCUCUUCCUCAGAUAACGCCACCAUGUCUGCCGCUGAUGCCCACCAACCUCAGGUCACCACACUCCUGUACAGUCUUCAGUCUGUCUCCCCUACUCCAGCUCCACAGGGCAAUAACACAGACACCGACACAGACACCAACACAGACACAGACACAGAUGUGGACCAGAUUGCCACCUUUGUCUCUGCCACAUUUGCCCCCAUGCCAGGUGUCACAGAUGGACCGAAACUGUGGGAGGCUGCAGGACUCUUGGAUGUCUCCGAUUCCAUUCAGAUCCAUAGAAAAGAUAUGGAGGUGGUUAAAGAUUAUGAUGCAACCUACGACUAUGACCUCGACUAUGACUCUUGGGAUGAAUCAGCAUCAAAUCCUCGGCCGGGCCCCCCCUCCAGAAUGAGCUCUGUCAGAGUCUUCUCCUCUUCUGUUGAUGGAGACCCUCACUUUGUGGUCCAGCUCCCUAAGCUGAAACAGAAUCUGUGUUUCACGGUGGACGGCAGGGCCAACGAUGUACUGAGACUGAUGGAAGACCCAGAGAGAGGUAUCAUGGUGGAUGGUCAUUUGAUGGGGGCUCCGUCCAAACAAGACGUUGAAGACCGCUCCCGUACUUACUUUGACCAGAUAACCAUCUCCGCUGCCAGGGGCGGGACAGGUGGGCUGGGCGCCAUAGUGAUCACCCUCUCAUUGGAUGCCGUGGUGGUAGAGGGGGAGGGGCGGGACACCCUACCCACCAAUCAGCAGGGAUAUGUGACAAGGCAGGGCGUGAUGGUUUCCAUGGAAAUCAGAAAUGACUUCCAUCAGAGCUGUUGGAUCGAGCUGACUAAGGACAUUCGUUUCCUGGUUCUCUUCCACCACUACAAACACCCCAGCUAUCUGCAGAUGGCACACCUCGGAUUCUACAUCACUGAUGGACAGGGCCUCUCUCCUUCAACCCAAGGACUACUGGGCCAGUUUCAGCAUGCUGACAUGAGUGUCACACCGAUAAAGGACCCUCAUGACACACUGCCCCAUCCCAGUAAAGAGAGGGUGCUGUCCAGGGGGGUGCUGAGGUGGGGGGCGAUACACAUGCCCGUCACCCUACAGGACAAAACCCUGAAGGACACCGUGAGGAAAGGUCAUCUGGGCAGGUGUUGGGUCGUGCCCAAGGCGCAGGUGGAGAGACUGCUGAGGCAUCCCUACCAGAGCUAUGUGGUGGAUCACCUGUAAAUACUCACUGGCUCUUUUCAAAUGUCCAUCCUAGCACACUACUUAGAAUACAAUACAUGCCUAAUUCAUUGCUUUAUAUUAAGUGGUAUGCUAGUAUGGAGAUUGGAACCGAGACACUCAUCUAGCUAUCCCCUCCACCUCAAAGCUGGGUAGCUCAGGCCAUGGGAAACUACAGUGUCUCUGUAAGGACAAACAGCACUGGGACUAGGGUGCUGCUGGCUAGCCUUCCAUACCGAUGUCACAUAGUGGGUUAUUACUCUCUCUUCUGAGAGCACCGGUGGCAGUGUGCAUGAAUGCAUAUUCAUGAUUAUGAAAAAGAGAGUGAGAGAAAGAGAGAACAAGAGAGACAAAUACAAUGAGAGACAAUGAGAAAAGAGUGCGACAAAGAGAGACAGAGAGACAGAGGGAGAGACAGAGAGUCCAGUAAGUAUGCUAAAGAAUGAUGAGGUAAUUCACACAGGUGUCAGACAUUAAUAAAUAAAGGAGAUGGGAUGAUGUCAUUGCACCAGUCCUUUCUGAAACAACAAUAGUGACAGACUUCUCCUUCUGCUGUUAACAAUGCAACAGUAAGAUAUCUUCAUUUUCUGUAUACUUCUGCAGACAAAUGCUGCUUGAUUUUCACAUACAGCUAAUUCCAAACUCUCGUUCACACAAAUCAUGUUUCAUAAGUACUUUUAUAAUUCCAAUGUUAUAACAAAUAUAUUAAUAGAUCAUUUGAUUUGAGCAAUGUGGAAUUUUAUAAACAGUGUCAGAGUUGUAUUUUUGUUGUGAAGUAUAAGUAUGUAUAUUCCUAAAAUGACUAAAUCUUAUAAAAGAUUGUCUAUGGAACUCGUUUUGGUCUUAUUGGGGUAGGUAGUUUUACACAGAAAAUGAUUUAUUUCUGUUAAAACACAUUGACACUCAGACACUUUGGAUUUGACUUUUCAGGUUUGCCAUGUGCUUUUAAUUUUUUUCUAUCAUUUCGAUCAUAGUUGAAUUCAUUUGAUUUGUUUGUUACACAAGACAUUAUUAAGCAUUGUUCACAUCCUAGUGAUCAAACAAAGGACUGUAAGUCGUUUACUACUCAGUCUUCCCUAUGUUUUCCUCAACGUCAAGGGAUGUCAUCAAUAAUAUUAGUCAAAGGCCAAAACAAUUAAAUGAAUACAGUAAACCACAGUUUAGGCUUUUGUUAAAA